AUGGCAUCACCGAGUCUUCCAUGGGCAUUUGAAGUUCGCUCUAAUACGCUGUUUAUUCUUGCGACUGUGGCUAUUGGGAUGUUCACCGAUCUAUUUCUCUACGGAUUAAUCGUGCCUAUUCUCCCAUUUAUCCUCUCGGAUCGUCUGGGGGUUGAAGCUUCGGAAAUACAGUAUUAUACUUCGGUAUUACUGGCCAGUUAUGCGGGGGCUUCUGUGGUGUUUUCGUUCCCGGCGGGAUAUAUUGCGGAUCGAUUGCCGUCGAGACAGUUGCCUUUUUUGAUUGGGUUGGUGGCUUUGUUGGCUAGUACGGUUCUUUUGAUGAUGGGGAGGAGUAUUGAGGUGCUGGUUGCGGCGAGGGUGUUUCAGGGGGUUAGUGGGGCGGUGGUGUGGACGAUUGGGUUGGCACUGGUGAUGGAUACGGUGGGAAGUGAGAAGCUGGGGGUCACGAUUGGGAGUAUCUUUAGUUUUAUUAGUGUGGGGGAGCUGGUGGCGCCGGUGUUGGGGGGUGUGGUGUAUGAUAAGGUGGGGAGUAAUGCGGUUUUUGGGAUGGGGUUGGGGUUGUUGGGCUUGGAUUUUGUGAUGAGAGUGGUGAUGAUUGAGAAGAAGACGGCGAGGAAAUACUGUGUUGAGGAUGGGGAUGUGGAUAACGAUGGUGAGAGGACAGACGGGAGAGGGGCAAAUGGUGAGGAGGGGAUGGGGGAAAAUGCACCAUUACUGGGAAAUGGAAAUGGAAAGGAUCAAGAUCUCGAAUCAUGGAGAAUCCAAAAAGAACUUCCAGCAUGGGUCCAGAAAUUCCCAAUUUUAUUCCUUCUCUCUUCGCCCAGACUACUUACCGCCGAACUGGUAGCAUUUAUGCAAGCAACCAUCAUCGGCGUAUUUGACGCCACCAUUCCCACACAAUCCCAAUCAAUAUUUGGUUUUCCCGCUCUGAAAGCUGGCUUACUAUUCAUGCCUCUCGUCCUUCCGUAUCUCAUCCUUGGGCCCGUGGCUGGCAUGGGAGUCGAUAGAUAUGGACCCAAGAUCAUUGGGACUGCUGGAUAUACCUUUUUCAUCAUACCUCUUAUUCUGCUUCGUCUUCCGGCGGAGAAUACGACGCACGAUCUUGUUACUUUCUGUGUAUUACUCUCGUUGUGCGGAGUUGGAUUGGCUUUGAUUGGAGCACCGAGUAUUGUGGAAGCUUCGUAUGUAGCGGAGAAGUACUAUCGAGCGAAUAAAAAUCUGUUUGGAGAGGGAGGACCUUAUGCGCAGUUGUAUGCUUUGAAUAGUAUGGUGUUUAGUGCGGGAUUUACUCUUGGACCGUUGAUUGCUGGGUCUUUGAAGGAGAGUAUUGGAUAUGGAAAUAUGAAUGCGGUGGUGGCAGGUAUGUGUGCCGUCGUUGCGUUGUUGUGUUUUGGAUAUUUGGGAGGUACACCACAUAUACGUGGAGGAAAAUAG